UUUCUAGUACGGUGCACUGGUCUCUUGACGAAUAUAUAUGGUGACGACUUUUUCAGUCUGCUACGAUUGUAUCAUAUUGAUCUACCGGGGAAACAAAGCAAUGAAGCAUAGUACCCUAUGAAGCCACAUCAGCUCUAUCGGAAUCGCCCUAACCUUACUACUAUUCGGAGCUUCUAGCGGCAUUGGCCAUGCUUUGAUCCCACGCGCAAUUGGAAAUGUCCUCCCAAUACCUGCAGUCGGAGCUUUUGAACCUCAUUCAGGAGUCCAAGAGGAAAAAUACCGACUUGCGACAUGCCGCCGAAGAGUCACUAAAUGACCUGAAGGCAUUGCCCUCUACGUCUGAAGCCCAGAUAUCUGCUGAUCUGGUUCGCAAACCUAAAUUUGUCGAUCCAUUUAUUCUAGCCUGCCAUGGGCGCCAUGCGAAAACCGCUGGAAUUGGGGUUGUGUGCCUGCAAAGACUGGUGGCGUCUAGAUCAUUGCCCUCUGAGCGAUUGAAGGAUGUCCUGGGUGGUCUCAAGGAGACGACGAAUCUGAGCCUAGAUAUCCAACUCAAAAUCUUGCAGACGCUGCCAUCUCUAUUCCAGCACUAUUCCAGCGACUUGAGCGGAGAGCUCCUCGGGAGUACGUUGGAAAUUUGCGCCACGCUGCAGGCAAGUAAGACCCUUGCGGUCUCCAGUACGGCGGCGGCCACACUACAGCAACUCGUGGUUUCGACUUUUGAGCGGGUUUCCACCGAAGAUAAUGGGUCCAAGUCGACAGUUUCCGUCAAGGUCGAUGGGAACUCCGUAGACAUUGGGGUUUUGGCAUAUGAUGCUCUGCGGGUUUUGGAUGAUCUCUGUCGUCUUGUAGAUGGAGAGCCCUUGCAGUUUUUACGAAUCAAAUCACUGUCGCCCACGUUCACUUUGGAACUCAUUGAAAGUGUCCUGCUCAACAGUGGCCGCCUGUUUGUCGAUCAUGCGGAACUCACGCAGGUCUUGCGGACACGACUUGUGCCAUUGACUGUGAGGUACCUGUCGGAAAGGCACUCUUUUGCCCAGUCUGUCCGCGUCUCUCGGAUUCUUCUCGUGAUCCUCAAGCGCCACAUGUCCCUUCUUACAGCGGACUGUGAGAUGGCUUUGAGUUUAAUGACGCAUUUGCUAGAACCCGAUGGAACAUCUCCCUGGAAGCGUGUCCUCUGCAUGGAGAUAUUUCGUGGCUUGUAUGCCGAGCCAGGGCUUGUACGGCUGAUUUACUCCUUGUAUGAUGGGGUAGAUGGAAGAAAAUGUAUCCUCAAAGAUCACAUGGCUGCUCUGGUCCGUCUAGCAUCUGAGAAGCCUGCCGUCAUAGGUGUAAGCAAUCGCUCAACAAUGCCGGCGGGGGCAGGACACUCGAGAUCCAUGACGGAGGACCAGAUCACCCUUGAAGCUAGUGGUCUUGCUGGUGUGAUUGGGACGACUGUUUCAUCUAAUGAUACUAAUGUGCCUGGCAUCAGCACUCAGUGGAGUGUGGUUCGCACGGCUUACAUAGAACUGCUGGACAAAACUGAUCCGCCACCUCCUCCAGAAACUUACAUUUACAGCCUUGUGCUGAAUUGCAUAAGUGCCUUUGCGGAAGGGCUUGCCAAGUUCAUACUUCCGUUGACGGUCCCUGACUUGAAACAGAAGAGGAAGAAUCGGAUCGCAAACUCCGAGCAGAAUGGUAGCCCUGCGAGACCUGUGCAAGAUCUUCAACGCACGGACUCCUCGAAGAGCAUUACUAAAUCAAGCCCCAAAAGGUCGACAAUACCCCUUAAUCCUCUCGAACUGGAUUCCCAUCCUCAGUUUUCAGCGAUUAAGACCUGCGCUGCGAUCAUUGACAAUUGUUGGCCAGCUAUCCUUGCCGCAUGCUCCACCUUCCUCUAUGCAUCUCUAGAUGACGAUUUCUAUCACAACCUUGUUCGUUCGUUCCAGAAGUUGGCUCACGUGGCAGGUCUUCUGAGACUGUCUACUCCACGAGAUGCGUUCCUGACCACACUGGGAAAAUCAGCCAUGCCCGUUGACACAAGCGGCAUCAAGCUCGCAGGAGGCGCGACGACAGCCAAAGGUGCUUCUCAACAUAGCUAUCGUGGGGAUGAGAAACGGAAAGGACCAGAAUCGUCUGUCGGUUCAUCAGUGCCUGCAGAUACGGCUGGCGCGUCUUCGGAUGGCCCUUCGCUGUCCCUGAGCACAAGGAAUCUUCUUUGUUUGCGUGCUUUGCUUAAUCUGGGUAUUGCUUUAGGUUCGACUCUGGAUCAGCCGGCCUGGUCUAUAGUUUUAGGCACUCUGCAAGAUACAGAUUUAUUAGUUGGGACGUCCUCGGUAAAGCCAAGUGCCGCCGGUGAAGCUAUAUCCGGUGCUGAGGCGACCAAGGCCAAUAUUGGCGCCGAGGUUUCUGCGGUGCAGGGAGCUUCAAACAAGAUGUUCGAAAGCACGGGUGAUUAUCCGAGCGAUUCGUUCGAAGAGAUCUUGUCUGCGCUCCUGAACCUUUCAGGCGGUUCUGAAGAGACCAGUCCAAAAAAGUCUUCCGACAAAUCACCAAGCGGUGUGGGCUCGGCGAAACGCAGCGGCAUCCGUCGUGACACUCGUCGCGUGUCACUUGCUAUAGGCAAAUCAAGGAUGCAGGACGAAGAACUAAAAUUUGUUUUAGAAAAAGCCAACGAAUUAGCGAAGGCAAAUCUGGAGCGUCUCUCUUCUCUUGUAGAGGAUGAAAGCAGAGCCUGGAGCCUCUUGACUGACAAAUUAAUGUCAAGCGCGGCAGAUGAGACUAUUAGCCAGCCUCUUCGCUUACGGGCCAACGAAGCACUCAACAGCCUUGUUUUCGAGACUAUGAAACAAAGGGAGGAUGAUGAUGAAAGCACACAAAACGCACGCCAAAUGAGGAAUCUUCAAGCAUUGAGCAUGCAAAUCAAGCUGCUCUACGACAGGAGCCCCUGUGUUCCGGGAUCGCCUUCUUCCUCCAUUGCGGAGGUUCACCAACAAGUCCUGGAAGUGUUGAAAGCAAUCCUGGAGCAAUAUGCAGACGCAUUCUCUGAGGGAUGGACAGUGGUGUUUGAGAUCAUCUCCACUGUAUUCGGCACUACUCUGCCCGCAGGCAGCGAGGCACCUCCUUGCCGGAAGGCCAGUAAGACCACAUUGCUGGCAGAUUCGCCUCGACUUAUUCGAGUUUCAUACAAGUCUCUGCAACUGAUAGGAUCCGACUUCAUCUCUCUGCUCCCAUCACCUUGUCGGCUGGACCUUGUGGAUUCGUUCUCAAAGUUCGCGCUGCAGCAACAGGAUUUCAACAUUUCGUUGACGACAACGUCCUCAUUCUGGAACGUUUCUGAUUUUCUUCAAGGCCAGAUUGAGGAAUUUUCCAUCGAGUCUCAGGUGGAUGCCUCGGUGACUGAGGAGAAGCUCGCGAAAUUGGCCAAGAAUGAAGAAUCCUCUGUUUCUCGGAAUGCUUUGUGGCUUCUCCUCUUGCUGCGAAUCGUCGAUCUCACCACAGAUCGCCGGUCAGAGAUCAGGAAUUGCGCAGUCCACACACUCUUGAGGAUCUUUGAUGCUUAUGGUCAGCAAUUGUCCCCCAAGGCGUGGCGGCUGUGCCUCAAUCGAGUCCUGUUCCGCAUGGUGGAGGAAGUCGAGACUGAACUCAUCGAAAUAAACGACAAGGGAGUUGACCGAAGCUCCGAGGGCCUUAGUUCCUGGGUUGACACUACGGUCGUCAUGAUAAAAGGAGCGUCUGACUUGAUCACCACUUUCUUUGAUCCUAUCAUCAAGGAUGAGGAGUUCGACAAGUCUUGGAAACGACUAUUUGAGUACUUCCGAAAGUUCAUUUCCCUGCACAUCCUGGAAAUCAGCGAAGCCGUAUUCACCAGCGUCUCCAAAAUGCUUGUUCGAGUAGAUGGACCGAAUGGAUUGAGCAAACAAGCCGUGCAGGUUACAUGGUCGCUCUGGAUGGAUGGCCAUCCUGCUGAUAGGGAGGAUUUGUUGGACCUGGAGAAGCCGAACCAGGAUGCCGCAUUAGCAUAUCUUGAAGCUUUCCAGCAAGUAUACCGCCUUUACAAGAACGAUUUGUCGGGAGCGGACAUUGGGAAAAUACUCGGGCAUAUGCGUUUCCUCGCGUGGAAUUCUAUUCUACCGCGGUAUUCGCCCGACAUCGACCGGCCCUCCGACUUACAGUCCCUGAUCAUCAAAUGCACCAAAACGCUUUGCACUGAUAAGGCCGAGUCCCAAGCAGAUAUUCUCCACUGUCUCGCGGAAUUUGCUGAUUCCGCACUUUCGAAGUGGACGCCUGGAAGCGAUUCCCGCAAACCGACAUUUGUCGCUUUCUCUAAGAGUGCUAUCGAGCUCCUCAGGUGGUACAUCGCCGAUUUUGGAAUCAAGCAGGACAUAUUCAGCAACGGCUCCCUAGUGACAGCUCUCGAGCACCUCGCCAACCCGAUCUCUCAGAAGUACGAGUGGCCCGGCAAAGACCGUGAGCCAUCCCUCUGGCAAAAGUCCACGGUCGCAUCUCUAGACGUCCUCCAAGUGGCCAUCCCCUACGUGGAGCAACAAUACGAGAAGUCGCAACAAUCAGUAGUCGAGCGCUUCUGGGACUGCGUCGUCCACAUCGCCGACGGCAUCGUUUCCGCCAGGGGAUACCGCACAGUCGCCAUCCCAAGACCCAACAUCCUCAACGACGAAUCAACAGACAUAUCCGCCUUCUCGCGUCUCCAAACCCUCAUCAUCCCCUCUCUCGGAGCGCACACCAUCCCAGACUCCACCCGCCGAGACUUCGCCUGCGCCCUCCUCCGCCCCUCCUUCAUCUACGCCCCGCAACGCUCCGACCUCCCGCCCAAACUAAUAAACGACCCCCUCACCAACCUCUACGACAUCCGCCCCGGCCGAACAUUCGAUCCGGCGCCCACCUCCCGCACCAGAAUGGCCUACACCCUCAUCGACUCCCUGUUCGAACUCUCCGCUGCGCCAGGCCAAGACCAGCAGCGCGUCCUGCUCGCCCGCGACAUCUCCCCCUACCUCAUCCUCCGCUGCGCCGUGGCUCUCAAGUCAUACAUCGCUGAUCAACCCCUGCGCGGCCUGAUGCCCCAGCCGACGCCCGCGCGCAAGGCUCUCCUGCAUCUUCUCCGGGGAAUGGUUAACUUGCGCAGUAGGCCCUCGACUAUCCCUCCGCUUCCGGCAGUCAAAGGCAAGAGGAGUGCUAGCGUUCCUGUCGAUGACGAAGAUGACGAAGGCUCCAACAGCAACAAGCAUCUAGAGUGGAUAUACCCGCUCGUGGUGCAGGCGGUGCAGGUAGCAGGGAAGGAGAAGGACGAUGGGGAGGUUCUUCAUGCUUUGGGGAAGGUGUUGCAGGAGAUAGGGCGGUAGGGAGUGGGAUCUAGGUAUAUGGAUUGGAUUGGAAUGGGUUGAUCUAGUUGUGAUUGAUUGAUUGGUUGGUUGAUUGCUUGCUUGUUUCAAAGAUUGUGGGCGAGGUCCAUGUGAAGACUGUGUGUAUAUUCUAUGGCGAACGCAUUUUCAUUCUCUUUUCUUUCCGUUUCUUUUCCAGUGUCUUUGAUAAAUAUAGAAUACAGGUCACUCCAUGGAGUUUGCUACGAA